AUGACACUUCUGACAACAAUCAGCAACGAGAGCAUCAACGAGAAUCUUCAGAAACGAUGGAUUAAUGCAGAAAUAUAUACAUAUAUUGGUGGUGUCCUGAUAUCUGUGAAUCCAUUCAGAGACCUUGGUAUAUAUUCUGAAGAGAUCCUACAGAGAUACAAGAGCAAGAAUCGACUAGAGGUUCCUCCCCAUGUUUUUAGUAUAGCGGAAUCCGCGUACUACAACAUGAAUGCCUAUCAUGAGAAUCAGUGUGUCAUUAUAUCAGGCGAAUCUGGAGCCGGAAAGACAGAAGCAGCGAAACGCAUCAUGCAGUAUAUCGCCGCUGCAUCUGUUGGUCAGGAUGAUAGUAUACAACAAAUCAAGGAUAUGGUACUAGCCACCAACCCUCUGCUAGAGAGUUUUGGUUGUGCGAAGACACUGCGGAAUAAUAAUUCCAGUCGUCAUGGCAAGUACCUAGAAAUCAUGUUCAACAAUAUCGGUGAGCCUGUUGGGGCCCAAAUUACCAACUAUCUCUUGGAAAAAAGCCGUGUUGUAGGUCAAGUGGAAAACGAGCGAAAUUUCCAUAUCUUUUACCAAUUUACUAAGGCAGCAUCGGACGAGCAGCGCGAUCAAUUUGGAGUACAAGGCCCUGAAUCAUAUGCAUACACUAGCUUGAGCAGAUGUCUUGAUGUUCAGGAUAUGGAUGAUAUUCAAGAUUACAGCCAUACUAUCCAUGCCAUGCAAGUUAUUGGCCUUAAUGCACAGGAACAGAACGAAAUUUUUAGAAUCCUUGCUAUCAUUUUGUGGCUGGGGAACAUCCAAUUUGUAGAAAUGGAAGAUGGGAAUUCUUCCAUUGCUGAUACGGGCGUCACGGAUUUUGUCGGCUACAUCAUGGCCGUUGAUUCUUCUAUGGUCGAGAAAGUCAUGACCUCAAGGAUUGUGGAAACGCAACGAGGUGGUCGUCGAGGUUCUGCCUAUGAUGUACCUCUCAACCCGGCACAAGCUACUGCAGGACGAGAUGCCUUGGCCAAAGCAAUUUAUAACAAUUUAUUUGAGUGGAUUGUCUCUAGAAUCAAUAUAUCCAUGAAAGCACGGGGUAAUACUUCUCAAAUUAUUGGAAUUCUCGACAUAUUUGGUUUCGAAAUAUUUGAGGACAACUCUUUUGAACAGCUUUGCAUUAACUAUGUGAACGAAAAGCUUCAACAGAUUUUCAUCGAGCUGACGCUUAAAACUGAACAAGAAGAAUACAUUAGGGAGCAGAUUCAGUGGACCCCUAUUAAAUAUUUCAACAAUAAGAUCGUGUGUGAUCUUAUUGAAGAACGUAGGCCACCCGGAAUCUUUGCAGCUCUAAAUGAUGCCUGUGCAACAGCCCAUGCCGAUCCUGCUGCCGCAGACGGCAGUUUCGUACAGCGUACUUCUAAUUUGUCUUCGAACCCGCAUUUCGAAGCACGUGGAGCACAAUUUCUAGUCAGACAUUAUGCAGGAGACGUGAUGUAUAAUGUGGCAGGCAUGACCGACAAGAACAAGGAUGCACUGAUCAAGGAUAUACUGGAUCUCAUAGCCAGUAGCAGAAACCAGUUUUUACAGACUCUCUUCCCUGAUAGGUCGGAUCCUAACAGCAAGAAGAGACCUCCGACAGCGGGUGAUAGAAUCAAAUCUUCGGCGGGUGCCCUCGUCAACAACUUAAUGAAGGCACAGCCAUCAUAUAUACGUACAAUUAAGCCCAACCAAAAUCGCAGUUAUACGGAAUAUGAUCAAAAGGCUGUGCUGCACCAGAUCAAGUAUCUAGGCCUUCAAGAGAACAUACGCAUUCGCCGAGCUGGUUUCGCUUAUCGCAACGCAUUCGAGAAAUUGGUAGAAAGAUUUUAUCUACUUUCGCCUGCCACGUCGUACGCAGGGGAAUAUAUUUGGAAAGGUGAUCCCAAAUCUGGUUGCGAACAAAUAUUGAAAGAUACAAGCAUUGCAAGGGAAGAAUGGCAAAUGGGUGUCACAAAAGCUUUUAUAAAAAAUCCGGAGACGCUGUUUGCCUUGGAAACUAUGCGAGACCGGUACUGGCAUAACAUGGCUUCUCGCAUACAGCGUGCAUGGCGUAAUUACUGGCGAUACAAAAAUGAAUGCGCACGUCGUAUCCAACGCUUUUGGAAGAAUAACAAAGAAGGGCUAGAGUUUGCAAAAUUCCGAGACUAUGGACAUCAAAUCCUAGCAGGGAGGAAGGAACGAAGACGUUUUAGUCUUCUCAGUUAUCGUCGGUUCAUGGGCGAUUAUCUCGACGUCAAUGGACAAAGUUUUUUGGGGGCGGAGCUACGCUCGGCUUGUGGACUUGGAGCAGUUGAGCAUGUAGCUUUCAGUUCUAGGAUUCAAUUACUCGUUUCCAAACUGGGACGAUCCAGCAAACUUAGUCCGCGGUUUCUGAUUGUAGUUCCAACCACCAUAUAUUUUGUUACCGCGGGGCAGAAAGAUGGUCGCACUCAGUGCACACUCGAGCGGAAAAUACAAGUUAUUACCACCAAGGCUAUAUCUAUGUCUAUUUUACGAGAUGACUGGGUGGCAUUAAACUGCAAUGCAUCUGAGGAAGGAGACCCUGUAUUCCAUUGUUACUUCAAGACUGAGCUUGCUGCCACUCUACUUCGGCUUUCGCAAGCAAGCAUCAAUAUGUCCCUUGGAGCUACUAUCGAGUACUCUAAGAAGAAGGAUAAAAAAGCACAAAUCAAAUUCAUCAAAGACGAGGCUGUUUCCAAAGACGACGUUUACAAGAGUCACUCCGUCCACGUUGCCUCUGGUGAACCACCCAGCAGCAUGUCCCGAUCUCCUGCAAUGCGGAAACCUGGCAUUGUGCAUCCUAUAAUCCGUGGGAAGUUGAUACAAGCUGGAGAAGCCUCUAAUCCUUGGCCUUCCCUAAUUGGCAGUUCUUUACAGAAGGCUAAAGCGGUCCCAAAAUUCUCGCUCGCCGCGCAAAAUUUGCUGGCGAACCCCACCACAGCCUCUGCCAAUGAACCUGCUUCAGCACCGACGAAUCCCAGUUUACCUUCGCCGUCGAAAAAUUUAGUUGAAGUAAAAAUGUACAAAGCGAAGUUUGCCUUCCAAGGCCAGGAAGGUGAAAUGACCUUGAAAAAGGACGAUAUUGUAGAGCUGUUGGAGAAGGAUGUAAAUGGGUGGUGGCUUGUGAAGAAAGACGAGCAAGAAGGUUGGGCCCCCAAUAAUUACCUUGAAGUUGCGUCGCCUAAGUCCAAAAUUCCUCCCACUCCCAAGGGAGUCCCGCUUUAUCCUGUAUCCACACCAUCUACCUCAAGCUCUACCCCCAUCGUACCGAAUAUUCUGUCUAGCUCUGUAAUGGCGGAUAGCACACCCUUCUCUUCCUCAGAUAGGGCACCAGCACCUUGGAGGAAACCCGUUGGUAAUGUUUCUACUGGUCUAGCUGAUAGCAUUCCAACGAAUUCGAGAACAUCAAGGUCUCUGUGUAACAAGGCUGCCCUACCUGUUAGUAAUAAGCCUAAGCCUGCGCCACCUCCGUUGGCAACGAAGCCCAGUACCCCUCAAGGCCUGACUAAGCCUAUCGCUUCUACUGGCCGUUACUCUCGAGUUGGAAUGCAAGUAAACGAACACAUCUCCACAGAGUCCAGCACGGCUUCAAGGCAGUUAAGUUUAGCUGCAGUGGUAAGGACUUGUUUCCUAUGGUCUGAUCCAGCUCACUUGUAA